ACACAGAAAUCCGAAACCCAUGUCCCAAGUUAGCUUUUUGAAACCCAGAUACUUUUUUAUUUAUUUUUGUUUAGUGAAGAAAAGAAUAAGAAAAAAAAAAAAAAAGGCUUAUAAGACUUAGUUUUUAGUGUGGAUUUUUAUUUUUAUUUUGAGUGGAGAGAAGAAUGGAGAAAGAAGUAGUAGAAGAUUGCUGCGUCACGCAAUUGAUUGACGCUAAUGGGAAUUUCAAUGUGGAAGGGCUUGAUAAUUUCAUGGAGAAAGUGAAACUCAUCAACUGUGGCCUCUCCUAUGCCAUUGUAGCCAUCAUGGGUCCUCAAAGUAGCGGGAAGAGCACCUUAUUGAAUCAUCUUUUCCAUACAAAUUUCAGGGAGAUGGAUGCUUACAAGGGAAGGAUUCAAACAACUAAAGGAAUUUGGAUAGCUAAAUGUGUUGGCAUUCAACCUUUCACUAUUGCCAUGGAUUUGGAGGGUACUGAUGGCAGAGAAAGAGGCCUGGAUGAUACUACAUUUGAGAAACAAAGUGCACUAUUUGCUUUGGCAAUUUCUGACAUUGUACUGAUAAACAUGUGGUGCCAUGAUAUUGGUCGGGAGCAUGCUGCUAAUAGACCGCUUCUAAAAACAGUUUUUCAGGUCAUGAUGCGUUUGUUCAGCCCCCGUAAAACAACACUGAUGUUUGUUAUACGUGAUAAAACAAAGACCCCACUUGAACUUUUGGAACCUGUUUUAAGGGAAGAUAUUCAGAAGAUAUGGGUUGAAGUUCCUAAGCCCCAGGCUCAUAAGAAUACUCCUCUAAGUGAUUUUUUUAAUGUUGAGAUCACUGCUUUAUCCAGUUAUGAAGAGAAGGAGGAGAAUUUCAAAGAGGAGGUUGCUCAACUGAGGCAGCGAUUUUUCCAUUCUAUUUCUCCAGGAGGGCUUGCUGGUGAUAGAAGUGGUGUUGUUCCUGCUUCAGGAUUUUCAUUCAGUGCACAACAGAUUUGGAAAGUUAUAAAAGAGAACAAAGAUCUGGAUCUCCCUGCACACAAGAUAAUGGUUGCCACUGUCCGGUGUGAAGAGAUUGCCAAUGAGAAACUAAGUCGUUUGACCUCUGAUGAGGGUUGGUUGGAAUUGGAGGAUGCUGUUCAAGCAGGUCCAGUAUUAGGUUUUGGGGAAAAGCUCAGCUCAGUUUUAGAAAUGUAUUUUUCAGAAUAUGACAUGGAGACAAUCUAUUAUGAUGAAGGUGUAAGAAAUGCCAAACGACAACAACUGGUGUCAAAAGCAUUGCAAUUUGUGCACCCUGCUUACACUACCAUGUUGGGACAUCUGCAUUAUAACGCACUCGAGAGUUUUAAGACUAGACUGGAGCAGGCAUUGCAUAAAGGAGAAGGGUUUGCAGCAUCUGUUUGUACCUGUACUCACUCUUGUAUACUUGAGUUUGACCAUGAAUGUGCAGAAGCUGCCAUAAGACAGGCUAAUUGGGAUGCUUCAGAAGUCCGGGACAAACUUUGUCGUGAUAUUGAUGCGCAUGCAUCAUCUGUCUGUAGUGCUAAGUUGUCUGAAAUUAUUGCCAUUUAUGAGAAACAACUUACCCUAGCAUUGAAUGAACCUGUAGAAUCCCUACUUGAAGCUGGUAGGAGGGACACCUGGGCUUCUAUAAGAAAGCUUCUUAAACGUGAGACUGAGGUUGCUGUAUCAGAUUUUUCAAAUACGAUUGCAGGUUUUGAGUUGAAACAAACAACAGUUGAUUCGAUGGUGCAAAAGUUAAGGGAUUACGCAAGAAACUUGGUAAGGAAAAAGGCAAGAGAAGUUUCUGGGAAAGCUUUGAUCCAUAUGAAGGACAGGUUCUCAACAGUAUUCAAGCAGGACAAUGAUUCGAUGCCUAGGGUUUGGACUGGGAAGGAAGAUAUUAGAGCUAUUACAAAGGAUGCACGCUCUGCGUCUCUAAGGCUUUUAUCGGUUCUGGCUGCCAUACGCUUGAGUGAAAAUCCAGAUAAGAUUGAAAACAUACUUUUUUCCUGUCUCAUGGAUGGUGCUGUUGCUGUUCCAUCUUCUCAAGAUAGAAGCAUUAAAGCUUCUACAGACCCUCUUGCCUCAAGCACAUGGGAGGAGGUUUCCCCAAUGGAUACAUUGAUUACACCAGUGCAGUGUAAGUCUUUGUGGAGACAAUUCAAAGCGGAGACUGAGUAUACUGUUACUCAAGCUAUUUCAGCACAGGAGGCUCAUAGGAAAAGUAAUAAUUGGUUACCUCCUCCAUGGGCGAUAUUGGCAAUGAUUGUCCUUGGUUUUAAUGAAUUUAUGCUCCUUUUAAGGAAUCCGCUCUAUCUCAUGGCUUUAUUUAUCUUCCUUUUACUAUCAAAAGCCUUGUGGGUACAGAUGGACAUACCUAGAGAGUUUCAAAAUAGCACUCUGGCUGGACUACUAUCAAUUUCAUCAAGGUUUCUUCCCACUGUCAUGAACCUUCUAAGACGACUUGCUGAAGAAGCUCAAGGGCAUCCAACACCUGAAGCACCAAGACCACCAUAUUCUUCGGCUUCUCAGAGUUUCAGGAAUCAAACCCCUCAGCCAAAUCCUGUUUCAAAGUCGAUUCCUGAGUCAUCUGUAUCAUCUGAUAUUUCAUUUUCUGAUAGUGGUGUUGAUUACUCAAGCCCAAACUUGAUACACAGGCGUACUACAAACAUUCAAGAAGAACUUUCUUGAUGCAAAAUUGCUCUUACAUGUAUAACGUGUAUCAUAUUAGGAUAGCUGCUCCCUCAUGCAAUGCUUUUCACUUUUACUCAAAUUUUUUCCCUCCUUUUCUUUAUUGAGAAAAAGGAAAGAAGGGGUAAGAUGAUGAGGGAAAGAUGGUAAUGUUGGGGGGUGGGGGGGUAGUUUUACAAAAUAAAGUGAAGAUUGUUAAUGCUGUAUAACAUACAAAUAUUUUGUAUAUAUAUAAUGUGGUUAUUUUAUGAUGCUGACAUGGCAUUUUACGA